AUGGCUGCAGUUUUCCUGACCUACGUACCCAACUGGGCAGUAGAGAAAAUGAGAGUGAGUGAAGAUAAAGAAGCUGAAAAGAAAGAAAAUACUGUCACUGAGGGACAAUCCGACAACGAUGUUACAAACAGGACACAUGGGAACAACAGGAACAAGGAAAAUAAAGAGAAUCACAAGAGCAGGAUCACCACUGAUCUCAAGCCUAAAGAAAAGUCUAAACAGGUUGAAGAGAAGCAGCAGCAUACAACUGAUCUACAUGAGGAAAAGGAGAAAGAAGGACAAGAACAAGGCAAGGAUAAUAAGAAAAGAACGAAGAAAGGCAAAAGGGGAAAAGUCAAUACCUAUCUUAAAGUUAUGAGCAGGAGGUGGACAAAACAAAAAGCCAAGGAGAUCACUGAAGAGCACAUACAAGAGAUGACUAGAAAUGAGAAUAGCACUAAUCACAAAGAGAAGGAAUCAAGGAAUAGUUUGACUGAAAAUUUCAGCACGUACAGUGAACUUAUACCCACAGACACAGAGAAAACUGACUCUACAGAAAAGGAAGGACAAGAAGAUAAUACAAUGGACAUGACAAAAAAGAUAACACAUACAAGUGUGACAAAUAUACAAGAUUCUGGGCAGCUAAUAGUAGACUUGGGACCUUUAAUAGUCAUCAAGCGUACAUCACACAUCAACAAGAAAGGACCUGACAUAGAGCAAACACAAUUAGAGGAAGAAGAGAAAGAAAUAACUGAACAAAAUGAGGCACAUGCCGAUAACAAUUGA